AUGUCUUUCACGUCGAUUCCGAUACUCGACCUCGCCUUGGCGCAGGACCCCGAGACGAAGCCCCAGUUCCUCGACGACCUCCGCCAUGCACUAAUGGAAGUCGGCUUCCUGUAUCUCAAAAACGUCGGCAUCCCCGACGAAUUGUUCCAGAGAGUGAUUAGGGAGGGCAAGGCAUUCUUUGACAUUCCGACCGAGGAAAAGUACGGCGAGCUUCUUGUUUGA